GGCUGCCCAGCUGAUCCAUUCACUCUGUUGCCCGGGAAGAAAGAAGUGUCGCAGGUCAUGGCUCCUUGGCCUGAGGUGGAAAAGCCUGAAACCAAUAACUACAUAGGAGAUUCUUCCAAACAAAACCAGAACAUGUCUGGAAAAGAAGGAGAAAAUCAUAAAGGCAAUGUAACUUCACUUGGAAAUAAAGGGGAAAUUCAACCUGCAUUUUCCACAAUAGCCCUGAUAGAUGAGACAAGACCAGAAGAAGAGGACCCAUGGGCUCUGCCAGAGCUGCAGGACACUGGGGUCAAGUGGUCAGAACUGGAUAGAAAAGGGAAAAUCAUUCGUGUAUUGUACGGCAUAGGGAAGUUUAUUAUCUUACUUGGAUUACUCUACUUAUUCGUGUGUUCCCUGGAUGUGCUGAGCUCUGCUUUUCAACUGGUAGGAGGUAAAGCAGCAGGGGACAUCUUUCAAGAUGAUUCUGUGUUGUCUAAUCCAGUUGCAGGAUUGGUGAUUGGGGUUCUGGUGACCGUUAUGGUCCAGAGCUCCAGCACUUCUUCAUCUAUUGUGGUCAGCAUGGUGUCCUCCACGUUGCUGACAGUUCGAUCGGCUAUUCCUAUCAUAAUGGGGGCGAACAUUGGCACUUCGGUCACAAACACAAUUGUGGCACUUAUGCAAGCUGGGGACAGGAAUGAAUUUAGAAGGGCCUUUGCUGGAGCUACAAUCCAUGAUUUCUUUAACUGGCUUGCUGUGUUUGCGUUGCUGCCCAUUGAAGUUGUUUCUGGUUAUCUUUACCAUCUCACCAGUGUUAUAGUUGAGUCUUUUCAUCUUGAAAGUGGUGAUGAUGCCCCUGAGUUACUAAAAGUUAUCACAGACCCUUUUACAAAGCUCAUCAUUGAGCUUGAUAAAUCAGUAAUAAAUGCAAUUGCUACGAAUGAUGAAUCUGCAAAAAACAAAAGCCUGGUAAAGAUUUGGUGUGUAACAGAAACCAAUAUGACUCUGCAGAAUGUCACAAUUCCACCUUCAGAAAACUGCACGUCUCCUGAGUUUUGCUGGUCUGAAGGAAACUUGACAUGGACCAUCAAAAAUGUAUCUGAAACAGAAUAUAUUAGUAAAUGCCGGCAUCUCUUUGCAGAUGCAAACCUGCCUGAUCUUGCCAUCGGUCUCAUCCUUCUGGCUUUGUCCCUGCUUGUUCUGUGCUCCUGUUUGGUGAUGAUCGUUAAGCUGUUAAACUCCGUGCUUAAAGGACAGGUGGCGAGCAUCAUCAAGAAGACCAUCAACACUGAUUUCCCAUUUCCAUUUACUUGGUUAGCUGGAUACCUGGCUAUGCUUGCAGGGGCUGGUAUGACCUUCAUUGUCCAAAGUAGUUCUGUUUUCACAUCUGCUAUUACACCUCUUGUUGGCAUUGGUGUUAUAAGCAUUGAGCGUUCUUAUCCCCUUACCUUAGGAGCUAACAUUGGUACAACCACAACAGCUAUACUUGCAGCUUUAGCAAGCCCAGGAAGUACAUUAAAAUAUUCAUUACAGAUUGCCCUGUGCCACUUCUUCUUCAAUGUCUCUGGGAUUAUUCUGUUUUACCCACUGCCUUAUACUCGGCUGCCAAUUCACAUGAGCAAGAGCUUGGGAAACAUAACGGCCAAGUACAGAUGGUUUGCUAUAUUUUAUCUUCUCAUCUGCUUCUUUCUUUUGCCUUUGUUUGUAUUUGGUCUAUCCCUUGCAGGCUGGCCAGUCCUUUUAGGUGUUUGCCUUCCCAUACUUGCUCUUUGUAUUGCUGUGGUUGUAAUUAACGUUAUGCAGUCAAGGAAGCCACACUCACUGCCUGAGAAGCUCCAAAACUGGGAUUUCCUACCUGUAUGGAUGCACUCCCUCGAGCCCUGGGACAAUAUGAUUAUGUCUACACUCUCCUUUUGUGGGAAACACUGUUGCGGCUUCUGCAAGUGCUGCAAAGUCAACACAGAACAGGAGGGUGCCAAAGACAAGCAGCUAAAAACUAUGGAGGUUUAUGAAAACACCAUUGCGAUGGCUGAUGAAGAAAGAGGUGUAAGAAGGGUGUCACCUGCAGCUUGUGUUGAAAAAACAGGCACAAAUAACACAGCCUUAUAG